CUCGAAUGCUCUCCCGAACCUCUGAGAAAGCCGCACUAAAUACUGCACUUAGCUGCUAACGACUUGUGCAAGAAUCGCGAGACCCUUGUCAAAACAGAACAGAGCUCUUGUCAAAACGUAACAGAGCUCUCGAGAUUGAGGGUCAGAAGCGUCAGCUGACUCAUUCGAGCAACUCUUACCGGGGUCUUGUCGCCGUGCUGCGACCCAACCAAUCCAUAAAAGCGCCCCAACCUUUUACUGUGGCCCUCAGCUUCAUCGUCCAAGCAAGCAUGAUGAAGUCUUCUUUCUCGACCCUCGCGGCAGCCACUUUGAUUCUCGCCGCGGGACAGGCGCACGCCAGCAGCUACUCGAUCGCGUACUUCUCGGACGGCAACUGCCAGUCGCUGUUGGGCUCCUCGAGCGGGACGUUCACGUCGAACGGGUGCCUCAGCGGCGGAUCGCUCAGCGGCGUCAACAGCAUCCGUUUCAACAGCCUCAGCGACGCCAACAUCCACACUUGGGCCCCUGCGAACUGUAACCACAACGAGUGGGCUGUGCCGGUGACUUGCAACACGGCCAAUGCAUGCAUCUCAGCGCCGGGAACGAACUCGAUUGGCUUCCAGAUCGGCUGCCGUUGAAGAGGUGUAAAAUAAGUGAAUUGUGAUUCGGAGUCGUUGUGCCAGACAAACUUGGUAUGCAUCAUCG